AGGGUGGAAGGAGGGAGGAGAAGGGCGGGGCGCGGAGGCCCUCGCAGGGGACGAGACUUCAACUCUGACUUUUUCUGCCGCUCGCGGUUUGGAGCAUCUCAGACGCCCCUGUCCCGACCUCCUGAAACCACCAUCGCCUGACACCCCCCACCCCCACCCGCGGUAGUCAUGUCAGUCCUCUUGCUAGUGGUCUCUGCCCUUCACAUCCUCAUUCUCAUCCUGCUUUUCGUGGCCACCUUGGACAAGUCCUGGUGGACCCUCCCGGGGAAGGAGUCCCUCAAUCUCUGGUAUGACUGCACGUGGAACAACGACAACAAAACGUGGGACUGCAUUAACGUCAGCGAGAACGGCUGGCUCAAGGCGGUUCAGGUCCUCAUGGUGCUUUCCCUUAUCCUCUGCUGUCUGUCCUUCAUCCUGUUCAUGUUCCAACUCUACACCAUGAGACGAGGAGGGCUCUUCUACGCCACUGGCCUCUGCCAGCUUUGCACCAGCGUGGCCGUGUUUACAGGCGCGCUGAUCUACGCCAUUCACGCCGAGGAGAUCCUGGCCGAGCGCCCGUCGGGGGGCAGCUUCGGGUACUGCUUCGCCCUGGCUUGGGUGGCCUUCCCCCUCGCCCUAGCCAGCGGCAUCAUCUACAUCCACCUGCGGAAGCGAGAGUGAGAGUCCCGCGUCGCCCUGCAGCCCCCCUGCCCACUCCCGCCCCCUCGGUCUCACCCCGAAGCCCCCGCCCCGCCGCGUCCUCCAGAAAAUAAAACCGUUUAACCGUC